AUGCAAGAGUGCCAUCAAUUUGUGUUCCCAGGACAAGAGCCGCUCACAAAGAAGGGCCACCUGGAUCCCAUAGAUAUUUCUGUUGCCUCAAGAGGAUCUAACAAGAAGGUGACGCUGAUCAAGAACCUUGAGUUGUACGGCCUCGAUCCCACCGUAGUGUCCACAGCUCUGCAGCGGAGAGUCCAGGCCAGCGCCGUCCUGCAGCCGCUGCCCGGCGCCAAAGACCGAGUCAUUGUGCAAGUCCAAGGCAACCAGAUCCAUCACGUUGGAAAUCUUCUCCUAGAUCAUUAUAAAGUACCUCGCAAGUUUAUCCAAGGCUUAGAAAAGGCCCAAAAAGGAGGGAAGAAGAAAUAG